AUGGCUGAACCAAUAAAUGAUGAAGAAAAAGAAGAAGGCUGUAUUGAACUUAUUCGAUGUGUUUCAACAACCGAAGAAGAACGAAAAGAUCCUCAGUACGUGCCAAAGUUGGAGAUCAAUGAACGUGCACAAGAAAUUAUAUCAGAAAGAUUUCAAUCACCCAUAUCAAUAGUUGCCUUAGUUGGAAAAGUAGGAGUCGGGAAAAGUAAACUAGCAAGUUUAAUGGUGGAAACAUUGCACAGGAUACCUUUUGACCCACCAUUACGGCCAUUCCUCAGUGGAAGAAGUAGUACACGUGUUACACAAGGUAUUUGGAUGUGGUCUGAACCAUUAUCUCAUUUAGAUGAAAAUCAACAAGGUUCAAUAUUAGUAUUGGAUUGUGAAGGAAUGGGAGAAGCAGAUGAACAAACUGGGAAAAAUUUAUAUUUAUUCUGCAUGUUAAUGAGUACAGCAUUUGCUGUUGUUCUUCGUACAGGUCGUGUUGAUCGAUUUUUAUAUGAAGAUUUGUAUUAUGCUUUACAUCGCUUCAAAGCUAUGCGUUCAUCGUAUGUAUUACCUAAUUUAUGGUUAAUAGCAAUGGACACGCCAACAUUUUGUCAUACUGAUCCAAAACAAGGUGAUGUAGAAAUUUCAAAAGAACAAUGGCUAAAGAAUAUUUUCACCAAUACGUCAAGUACAUUAUCACAACAUGAAAAUCAAUCAAUUCAAUCACGUUAUGAUUUUAUCACUGAAUUUUUACCAAAAUUGAUGCAAAAUGAAUCAUCAAGAGAAUUUUAUAUAUCGUUGAAAUUAGCCAUUCAACAAUUAUUAUCAAAUGGUGGAAAAAAAAUAUCAGCCGGUCAAAAUUCUCUUUUUAUUCCACCAGCUGAAUUAACAGCUUUAAUGAGUGAUUUAAUUGAUGUUCUUAAUGAAAAUAAAAUGCCCAAUGCUGAUACAUUAAUCAAUCGAUAUUUAUUAACGCAUUUUGAAAAUGAAAUUGUUAAUGAACAAAUAGCUCUGUUUGAGCAAGAAUUACUUGAAUAUGCUCAAAAUAUUCUUGGUGAUGCUAUUAAUCAACGAAAAAUGCCAGAAACACCUGGAACAAUUAUCAUAUCAGAUGAUCAAAUGAAAAAUGAACGUGAUCGUAUAACAAGAAAAUAUUUUAGUUCAAUGAUACGUUUAGCACGUCAUCAAAUCUAUGAUCUUGAUAACGAACUGGCAGACGAUUAUCUUGAUAAUAGUCAGUUAGAAAAUGCUUUAUUUGAAUUACCUAAAGUAGUUCAAGAACAAUUCAAAAUUAUCAAAAUACAAAUGGAUGGAUAUCAUGAACCAGAAUUCAUUAUCAGACAGAUACGUGAAAAUUCAGUUAUUAAAAGUUUAAUACAACAACAAGCUGAGCAAAAAAGAUUGCUCGGAGAAAUAGAAAGAAAAAUAGAAAAUAAACGAGAUCUUGUUCUUCGCGAAAAACGUAUUUAUAAUUCAUUAAAAUAUCCAAAACCAGUUAGAUAUCGUCUUGCACCAUGCCGAAAAUGUGAACGUCAAGGUGGUACUUCUAAUGGUGUACAUUGGAAAAAAAGUUAUCUUUCGAAACGAACAGGAAAUUAUUAUCAUUAUAAUCGGCAAGAUGAAAAAAUGGUUUGUGAUGCAUGUAGACAAAUACAGACAACAGGAGAUCAAACUGUUCAAUGUAAUCAAUGCGGAACACUACGAAAGGUUAUACGAAUUUAUAAAUAUGCUGAAUAA